GUGACGAGUGUUACGUAGAGCGAGUGGUUCAAUACUCACAUUAGCUGUAUUAUCGAUAGAAGGAGAACAUGCAUUGCCAAGAAAGAUAGUCGUCAUUCAAGCGUGUUCAAUUCAGACGUGUCGGUGUCGUUAUUUACACAUCUACAGUGUGGAUAAAAAUGACCGAUUUGACAGAUUCUUUGACCAAAGAGGGCUGGUACCUCAGUGAUGAAGGCAUUGCAGAACUCAAAGGAUCUGCUGAAAAAAUAACACACAAUGACAUUAUUCGUAUUGCACUUGACAGCGACCUCAGGCCAAUCGGGAGAAAAAUCAUACCGUCGGAUAUCAAUAGUGGAAGAACUGAGAAGUUGGAAGGUCCAUGUGUUCUUCAGGUGCUCAAGGUGAGGAAUGUUUCGGCUCCUAAAGACCACGAGGAGUCCCAGGGCGCGCCGCGGAUGCUGCGUCUUCAGAUGACAGAUGGCCAUACCACCUGUGUUGGAUUGGAGUUUAAACACCUGUCUAAGAUCAGUCUUAACACCCCCCCUGGUACCAAGGUGAAGCUCCUUGGUACGGUGCAGGUUAAAAAUGGUCUUUUACUGCUCAAUGACUCAAAAAUCUCUGUCCUUGGAGGAGAGGUGGAUCACAUGGUGGAGAAAUGGGAACUUCAAAGGAGUCUGGCCAAACACAGCAGGAGUAACAUCGGAGCAGAAGGUGGACCUCCUCCCUUUGUUCCAUUUGGCCAGAAGUGUGCGAGGACGGAUGAAGCAGACAGCAGGGAUCUCGACCAGAGGAAGACCCUCCAGUCUCAGACGGUAGCCAGGAGUCCUGACGAGAAUGAUGAGUUUGAGAAGCAGCGGACGGCAGCUAUCGCCGAGGUGGCCAAGACCAAAGAGGCUCCGAGGACCUUUGGCGGUGGAGGAAACGCAGGCACUAAUUUAUCCAGUGCGGCUUCCUCCUUUCGGAGCCGAGACUCGUACCAGCAGAGGAGGCGGGAAGAUCGGGUCGAAAGACCUGAGAGCAGACAAGAUGGGAACUACAGAGAGCUGGUGGAUGAGCGUGCUCUGAGAGACAUCAUGGAGAUGGGCUUUAACAGGGAGGCUGCUCGGCUGGCUCUAAUGGACAAUAAUAACAACCUGGAAGUGGCACUAAACAGCCUCUUGACUGGAUCUUCUGGUUGCAGACCUGGCCCUGAGGAAGCGGAAUCUGUCCCGCCCCCGCCCCGAGCCAGAGGAAGGGGAAGGGGCAGGUCCAGAAAUGAAGAUGAGGAGGAGGGAGCAGGUGGGAGGCCGUCUGGACCGAGCACUCUUUUUGACUUUCUUGAAUCCAAGAUGGGAGUUUUCUCCAUUGAUGAGCAAAAGAGUCAUGGACCCCAAAGACAACACGAGAGUAAAGCGAAUUUCUCCGACUAUUACUCCAAAGACCCAUCUCAGACCAAGUUCUCCUCGCAUAACGACCAUAGGCCGCAGCGAAAUGACAGAGCGCCUCGCUUCCACAGGGACUUGGAUUUUCCCAAACCCGGCAAAGAGCCGCUCACUGACUUUUCUACCUCCCAAACAUCGGCUCAAACCCAACAGUGGAAGGGCCAGGAGAGAUGGUCACGAGGACCAUCGGACAGGUCGCAGAAUGACAGGAGAGAGACGAGGGAUGAGCCCGUUUUUCCUUCCUCCUUCUCGUCUCAUUUGACGCAUUCUAAAGAGCCUCCGCAACUGAUGGAGUUCAGCGCAUCUCACCACCAACGCUCCAGAAACGGCGACGCAGGGGGAAGGAACACGACGUGGCCGUCCAACCGGAGAGGGGUCAGGGACACCGUACCCACAUCUAAAGGGACUGACGAUGCAGUCAGCGAGCCCGAGGGCCGAGGGAGCAGUAAGCGCACGGACAGAAGUGACGAGCCCAACAGCGGCAGCAGGAGGAAGGGGAAGAGCGACCGGUCAAACUCUGACCAACUCGACCGCCAGAGGGACGGUGGGCCGCCGACCUUUAACCCGCGGGGAGGAAGGUCGGUCACGCCCCAGGAGGUGGGGCUCUCGCGGGAUUUUCGAAUUGCGACAGGGGAUCCCUCUCAUUUCCAAAACGGAGAUGCGGAACAGAAAAGGACGGGGCCCAUCAAGCCCACGAGCUCACAGGGUGUCCCUCAAAGAGAGCCGCCCCCCAAGAAAGGCCCCUCCACCAACCCGCCACCCAAAAGGAGGCCGGGUCAGGGCAAAGGUCAAGGACCUCGAGGACCAGAGAAAAGUCACUCCGUGGAACUGGCUUGGAGACGUGGAGACCAGUGCCUGGCACUGUACUGGGAAGAUGGCAAGUUCUACCAUGCCAGAAUAGAUGCCGUGCACCAGUCAGGCUCCACAGCUGUGGUUGUUUUCCGUGAUUACGGAAACUGUGAAGAGGUGCUGCUGCACAACAUCAAACCCGUUUCUGCUGAUGUUUUGUAACAUCAAAACCAUAUCAAAUGUCCAAUGGCAGGAGGAAGAUGAUGGUUACUACGACAGUGCAUUAGAGUUUCGCCCUGGGGGAGAUGGACAGCCUAGAAGUACCCGACCCACACAGCAGUAUUACCAGCCACCUAGGGCACGAGAUUGAUGUGUCUGCGUUUACACUGGCAGGUAAAUAAAAAGGAAUUUUUUUUUUUGUUUUCAAUUUAGAAAUGGACCUAUUUUUAUAUGGCAGCUUUUUAUUCACAUUACUCUUUAUUGUAGUGGGAGUCUUGAAUUGUAUAAUAAAAGAGGAAAAUUCAUGCUCUCAUUUUUAUGUAAAAAAUGAUUCUAUAUCAUUGUAUAACUUUAACUUUGGUUGGUUCUGCUGGUACAACUAUUUCUCAAGGUCUGCUGCAGGUGUGAUCCAAAAGGCAAACGUGGUUCAUUUUUGUAUUUUCAUGUUUUUUUGGGGAGGGUUUUCACCUGUGUGACAUGUCCCACAUCUUUCCAUCUGCCACAAUCCUGAAUGCUUCCUAAAUUUGUAAUUGUCCACAUAGCCGGGACAUACAGAACUUUUCAAAGGGCUUGGACAUAAUGUAUAGAUAAAAUAAAAAAAAUGACAUGAGCACCUGUUGAUUUUGUUAAUGACAACUCUACUGUACAUGUUGCUAAGCUUUGUUAAAUGAAUGCAUUAAAAUAAAACAUGAUAAUGGUGUGUAGCA